AUGUUAAACUCCUCCUUUACUUCGUUCUUUGCGACUCUAGCAUUCAUCAACACAGCACUUUCCCUUCCAGUAACAGACCUCUUGCCACCGCCGGUCAAGCGUGCAGACACGACACCGCGGUUGAUCCAAUAUGUCCAGACGUUCCACCCUGCGGAUGACGAAGACGCACACCUUUCCAUACUACCUCUUCUAAACAAAGACACGGGCAUCACUCACGUCAUCCUCGCUGCUCUCCAUAUCAAUGGCCCAGAUGGCAACAUCACCCUCAACGACGAGAACCCAAAUGCAACGACAUUCGACCGCACCUGGGAGGAAGCCGCCACACUCCAACAGAACGGCGUCAAAGUCAUGGUCAUGAUGGGCGGCGCCGCCACCGGCUCCUACGACGGCCGCCUCUGCAGCACGAACGGCAGAUCGAUUCAAGAUGCUUACUACCUCCCGCUCGUCUCAACGCUCAAAUACCGCAACGUCGACGGCAUAGACCUGGACAUUGAAGAACCCGUCGCCCUCUCCUGCGCUCAAAACCUCAUCCGCAGAAUCCGACAGGACUUCGGUAAAGACUUCAUCAUCACCAUGGCGCCCGUAGCCUCCGACCUUCCCGCGGGCGGGAGCGGACUCUCAGGUUUCUCGUACUCGCGCCUUGAGAGAUCUAGAGCCGGGAAACUGGUGAACUGGUACAACGGCCAAUACUACUCCGGCUUCGUGCAAGGCAGCCUCGAGGAAUCCUACCAAGCCGGCGUCGCCAACGGGUUCAAACCUGAGCGUGUGGUCUUGGGAGUGCUGGAUAGCAGCAAUGAUGGCUCCGGUUACGUUUCGCUCAGCGAUGUCAAGGAGACGAUCGAGAACUUGAAGGAGGAUUACCGCAAAUUCGGCGGUGUGGAUGGGUGGGAGUACUUUGAUGCUGGGGCUGAUGAGUGGUUGAGCAAGCCGUGGCAGUGGACAAAGCAGAUUGGGAAGGCUUUGUUUGGAAAGACGGAGAAGAGGGAUGUGCAGGUUAGGGAGCGGAAAUUGCAUACGCCGAAGUUGCCCGGUGGUGUGGCGGCACUGAUGGCGAAGGGCCACGACCAGAUUACGGCUGCAAGGGCGCUGAGGAUGGCGAAGGGGGAUGAGGUGGAGGCGGAGAGGAUGCUUAAGGAGGGUUCGUGA